AUGUCUCAAGAAGCAGAAGUAACAAAAGCAGCCUCCUCUUCUACAGAGGAGUCUGGGGGGUUGAAGCCUCCUACAGCGUCGGUAUUUUCGAUGUUUGGUGGUAAGAAACCAGGAAAAGAGAACAAGACGGACGAUGCAGCAACGUCUAGUGCAUCCGCCGGUGCGGGUGCUGCAGGAGCAGCAGCAACAGAAGCAGAAUCAGGAGCCGCAGCAGUGGCAGGAACAGGAGCAUCAGCGUCUGCUCUCAAUAGUAGUGUGAGUAAGGAGAAACAAAGCGGGGAAGAGGAGACACCUGAAUCCCCGGAUGUCCAUUACGAGCCUGUUGUAACUUUGGAGAAGGUUGAGGUCAAGACGAUGGAGGAGAAUGAGGAUGUGAUUUUUAAAUGUAGGGCUAAGUUAUUUAGGUUUGAUGGAGAGAAUAAGGAGUGGAAGGAGAGGGGUACUGGGGAUGUUAAGUUUUUGAAGAGCAAGGAGGGUGGUGGUAAGGUUCGGUUGUUGAUGAGGAGAGACAAGACUUUAAAGGUGUGCGCUAACCAUUAUAUCUCUCCGGAUUAUGUUUUGAAGCCCAAUGUUGGAUCUGAUAGGUCCUGGGUUUAUUCGUGUACUGCGGAUGUUGCCGAGGGAGAUCCUGAGGCUUUUACUUUUGCCAUUCGAUUUGGUAACAAGGAGAAUGCUGAAAAAUUCAAGGAAGAAUUCGAGAAGGCUCAACAUUUGAACAAGAAGAACUGA